ACCACAACCACAGCAGCUCCAUCCACAACUACAGCAGCUCCAACAACCACAACAGCUACAACCACAACCACAGCAGCUCCAACCACAGCAGCUCUGACCAAAACCACAGAAGGUCAGACACUCUCUACCACAGCACUUCCCACGGGCGCACCUGUCACAAGCACAAUGUCUACCACAUCAAUGGCCACAGGCAUACUCUCUACCACAACGCCUGUCACAGGGACACUGUCUACCACAGUUACUCCAUCAAUAACCACAGAAGUAGGCCAAACGACAACUACAGUUCCUCCCGGUGUGUGUGCUUCAAACCCAUGUCUUUUUGGAAGCACUUGUGAAGAACGUGAUAACCAGACUUACAUGUGCUUGUGUAUGGCUGGUGAAGUUUAUGGUCCUCAAGGUUGUCAAAAUGACUGGUGGUUGAUCCUUGUGAUCGUUUCCUCUAUACUCGGAUGUCUGCUGUUCGCCUUGGCGAUCAGUCUGCUCGUGGUAGUAAAAAAAUUCAGGAAGAAAAUCUUCAAGCGUGAAGAGGAAGAUAUUUGGAGACCCUACCAAAACCCUGCUUUUGACAAGGGUCCACCAUCCUACAGCAGCAUCAAUGGCUUUUCUGGCUGGGUCAAAGAACCAGCGAACAGCCUGGUAAAUUCUGCGGCCCCAAGAAUCCCACGGGCCAAACUCAGCAACAACUGGGUCAGCAGGCCCAGCUCUCAGCUGACUCCGAGCAACAGCCGACAAAACUUGAUUCCUUCAGGAAUGCACUCGAAAUUCAGCAACAUCCAAGAUGACAUGUUUCCAUUCUCCCAGAGUCCACCCAGGAACAUCCCCUACGAGGAGGUCCAAGCCAGAAGCAGCCCUUAUCACCAACUCCGAGCCAAAAACCCUUACGACAAGGCCCAAGGCCAGACCAGCCCUUAUUUAGUAAUAACCUAAAAAAGCAAAAAGAACUGGAAUCAUUUCAGGGGAUCCUUCAGUGAUAGUAUAAUAUGUUAUAUAUAUGAAGUAUGUAAUUACUAAGUCCAGAGUCACCCAACCUCUCAUUUCCGUAUGUUAUCUAAACAUAAACACAUCAUUUUUAUGUUUAUCCUCACUGAGUUUACAGAUGAGGAGUUCUUACAGAGUUUUGUUUUUUUUUUGUUCAUGUAUGAUUUUACUGAAGUAUCUUUAACCAUAAUCUGAGUCUCACUUUAUGUUUAAGCAUUGGUAAAUGACAUGAGCUGAAAAUUUCUCCAAAUGUAUUUAUUUAUUUAUUUUUGGUCAAUUUUAACCUUUAUGUGCAAAAGUAAGAAAAAAAGAAGAAAAAAACUGCUGAAAAAAUAAAACAAAACUAGAACAGAGAUAGAUAAAUAUUUAAAUUCUUGUCAAUGGCAAGAACACAAGGGAUCCAAAGUGUGCACUGAAUAAAAGUGUAGAAGCUUAUUCAACUUCACUUUUUUUAAAUACUUACAGCAUCAUCAAAAUCAAAACAGCAAAAUCUUUCCUGUAUACAAACAUAUCUCCAAGGUAUUCCAGCUAAGUCUGUAGAAAACCUGUAAAACAUAAUCAUAAACAUAAUCAUAAACAUAAUAAUUUGCUUAGCAAAUGAGUUGUAUAUAUAUUAUUUAAUGAAUGAAAAACAGUUGUAACUCCACACAACACACUAACUAAAGUUAGUGGGAUGUACAGUUGCUUUUAAUAUUUGCCUUACCUUUAGUUUUUUAGACAAAACAUUCUCUCUUAAUUCAGUUUGUUUUUUUAAUUUUGAACCACUUCUGUAUACUCCUUGGAAGAAGUUUAUUAUACGCUUUGUACUGAGAAAUGCAAUUCAGAGAACGAAGAUGUUCAGCACUUUAAAGUGUAUUUUGAAAAGUGAUAAACACUUUAUAUUGGACACUUUAUAUUUAUUUUAUAAUUAAUUGUUUGAGCAAUGUUUGUAUAUUUAUUCUUUUUUAUUGCCUCAUGUGAUAUUUAAAGUAUUUUUCUUAUGUAAUAAGGUAUUUAACUGAAAAACUGUAAGUCAGAGAGAAUACAUCUCUGAUAGAAUUUUAUAUGGGAACAAUAAAGGUCGUAUUGUUGGUU